GCGCGCUCUUGUCGCUUCUCGUGGCCGUGGGGCGCGUGGGGCUGCGUCCAGGAGACCGAGGCCCUAACGUUCGCACGUUCUGAAGCCACGGUCUCGGGCUGGGGCCGCGGGCGCACUGUGCUGCCGGAGAGCCGAAAGCUCUGCCUGCCGCCAAAGGGGGCCUCGCGCACACGGUCUGCGUCAGCGGGCGGAGCGGGGACCGGGCCUCGCGGGCUCUACUCCCUGCUUUUCUAGGGACCCUGUUACUUGGUGACCACAAUGAAAAAUGGGAACCAAGAUGAUCUGGUAACGGGCACACUUCCUAAGCGCAAGAGCUCCAAAGAAUGGUUGGAACCACAGUCGCUUUCUUUUAUGGAGGCUUUAGCUAAAGAAGACACUGAUGCAGCUGUUCAAUCAAUUUUAUACAGAGAAAAUUAUGUAAUGAAGGAAUUAGACAAGUAUUUAAAUCAUUAUGACUUCUUAAAUGAAAGAAGAAAAGAAAUGUUGUAUAAAAAAUGGGUUGAGCGUGUGGAAGAUCCUCUACAGAAGAAAAUUAUAGAAAAAGUUUCUUCACAUAAGAAGAUUAAAAAGAGGAGACGACAAGAAUUAGAGAAUUUUUUGAGAUAUGUUAAUAAGAAGGAAAAUGUGUUUAUAGAGCAUUAUGAUCCAAAAGAAUAUGACCCUUUUUAUAUGAACAAAAAGGACCCCAAUUUUCUGAAGGUUAUCAUGCCGCCAGUUCGUGACCCUGUGAAGAAAGCUCAAUGUGACAAGGAUGAUGAGAAGCGAACUCUUCUUCAGUGCGAGACUGGCAAAAUCUAUACAAUGAAAGAGUUUAAAGAGAUCGAGAAGGCCCAAUUGCAGUCCAGGUUCCCGAGUAUUUCUAAUUCAAGGCAAUGCAUGACUCCAAAUGAAUGGCUUAAAGUGCCCAUGAGAUAUAUAGAGAGUGAAUUUUGUAAAAAGAGCAGGGUCAAAGUAAAGGUGAAUUUUAAUGCUGGUAGUUUUGAUUUGAAUCCACUGAGAAGGGUGCCUGAUAUUCUGGAAUUCCAGGAGGAAGAAAAGGCGGUCAGUUACAAAAACAAAGGACUUUCCUCUUUGGACAGUGAAGAUCUGUGUCUCCAGGAGGGAAAAAACCCAAGUUCUAAAGGGAUCAGUGCUGAAGGUCGCCAUUCUUCUGCAGCCCUCUGCCAGGAGGUAGAAAGGAACGGGGACCAGGAUGCGGUGAGAGCUGGGACAGUCAGUCCCAUUUUGUGAUACACAGGGAAGCACUUGCUGACACCCAGUCCAAGUAGCUGGGAACUUCUUGAUAUGGUAGGCUUUGCAGAAUCCAGGAUGCUGCUGAGCACAUCGCUAGUGGGCAGUAGAAGAAACUAAGACCGGUGUCAUUCAGAGGCAGUGGAGAGUGUCCUUGCAGCCUGAUGGACUUCCCAGAUGGUCUAGUAUUUCCUUGGCUCCUGAGUUGACUCCUGAUUGGGUAAUCUGUCUACCACCUCUACCCUCUUUCUCUGUUUUACCUGUAGUCAAGAAAAAAAAAAUGUUUCUUUUAAUUCAGAUCGAGAAUUAGUUUUAAAAAGGGUCAAUACUAAAAGCAGUAAGCUCUAAGAAGGAAAGUAACAGCUCCCAAAUGUAGACUGCCUAGAGAUACAGGUAUUCAUAGAGACCUCAAUCCCAUGGGAACUCCAGUGCUGUGGUGUCAUGUGACAGAGCUAGUCUGACACAAGUAGGUCUAGAGGGUACUAUUACACUUCAGUUUCCCUUCUCAUCACUGGGUCCUGUACGAUGGGGACAGUCUCUUCUCCGAGGGGAUUUGUUUUAUCCAUUCCUGAGAGUAUACUAAACCUGUCAGCACUCUGUUUUACCGUCUUUGCCUGUCGUUGUUUAGUUCUUUUUUCCAUGUGGUUGCAUACUUUGUACCCUACCUUAACAAAUACCUGUUCUGAGUCAGGCAGUAUGUAAGGGGCUGGAUCCAUAAUGGUGAAUUGCAGGGAAAUCUCUGCUUUUGUUGAGCUUUUGACGGUAAAGAAAGAGAACAAUCAAAAUAAAUGUAGAACAGGUGAGUUGAGUGAGGAGGAGAAAGUUAGAUAAGGACAGCAAGGAAGGGGAUGGAUGAGGACACCAUUUUAAAUGGAGAAACCAGGAAAGGCUUCCUGGAAGAGAUGACAUUGUUCAGUGGCCUUAGAAACUGAGGGUGGGAUGGGCAUGAUGGAGCACAUCUUCAAUUCCAGUACUUGGGAAGCAGAGACAGGAAGACCUCUGUGAGUUCGAGGCCAGCCUGGUCUAUAUUGAGUUCCAGGACAGCCAGGGCUACACAGGGAAACCUGUCUUGAAAAAUCAAAAAAAAAAAAAAAAAAAAAAAGGAAAGGAGCUGGGGUGGGCCAUGGAGAGUCUCAGGGGAAACAUCCAGGGAGAAGACUGACACAGCAGCUUGAGGAGGGCAUGAGGCUGACAGGAGGGGCUGGAGAGCAGUAGAUACCACUCGGAAGCCACAUACCUAAGUGACUUUGGGGGAAGGUUUUUUUCUUUAUUUUCCUUUUUUUUUUUUUAAAUUGGUUGUUGUCUAGUUUCUUAGAGACAGCAUUUCAUGGUUUCAUGUAGCCUAGACUGGCCUUGAACUCUUUAUAUAGCUAAGGGUAGCCUUGAAUUCUUCAUCCUUUUGCCUCCACCUCCCACAUGCUAGGAUUACAGGUGGGCACCAUGACACCUGACAAAGUGACAUUAUAAAAGAAAAUAUGGCUGCUUUGUAGCCAGUUAUAUGCAGGCCAGAACAGUCUGGCUGGUAGACCAGGGCACUGGGUCAGGAGCAUAGUAACUUGAUGUCUAGUGAUGGCUGUGUGGUCAUGGGACCUAUGGAGAGAGCAAGACAACAAAGCUUAGUGUUCGACAUGAGAAACGAGUGAAAGGAAGAAACCAAAGACAACGGGGUUCUUGAGGUUUUUGUCUUGAGGAGCCUGGAUGGACGAUGGUCCUAGUUCUGAUUAUAAAAGUUGGACUGGAACUUGGAGAGAUUAAGGAAGAAGUACAAAGAUGAGGUAAUGCUUCCUGGGGCUAAAUUAAAGAUACAUUUACCAUUCCAAUGUACACUUAUAGGAUAUGAUUAUUGAGUAAUUUAGCCUUUUCUCUUGCUGUUCAUCAGGAUGUAGCCAGGUGUUCUAGGAUUAGGAUGUAGCCCAGUGGAGAGUAUUUACCUAUCAUGUACGAAAUUCAGUCUCCAGCAGUCUCUUUCUUAAAAAAGAAACAGACGAGUAAGUAAGGAAGUAGUAAGCAUGUUCUGUAAAGGUAGUUUCCCCUAGCCUAGGUGUCCACAGAUGCUAAGUGUAAUCAGAAUACAAAGGCUCUCACUUCUGUAGUUAGUAUGACUAAGUGACAGAAUGACUGUGUGCUCCUCCUAGCCUGGAAUUUGCUGUGAAGACCAGGUGGGCCUCAAAUCCACAGAUCUCUGACAGCUUCUGCCCCUGGAGUGCUAGGAUUAAAGGAAGAUCUCUCUCCCUUUCUCCCGGCCCCCCCCCCACACAUUCUUGAAGACUCAUCUUCACACAUUUAGAACAUAACAUUUUCUCCCUAACAGAUACCAAUACUAAAACCAAGUGUAUUUUAGUAAUAUUCAGCUGUAUUUAGCAACAUUUAUCUUUUACCGCAACCUCCCAGAGGAGCUGUGGAGUGGGCAGGUGGGUAUAAUCUAAAGGUCAAAGGAGAUAUGAGGUUGGACGUGCAUAAUGUGAUUUGAAGUCACAAGAUAACCUGAGAAUGAGUUUCCGAAGGGCUGAUGGCUAGAUUCUGUGAGCAGUGUCAACUCUGGCCAGCUCCCAUAGCCAAGGAACUUUCCGGUCCUGUAACCCCUUAUUACUAUGUCACACUCAACUCCUUUGUUACUUUCAAAAGGUUGUGACAACCACACAUCCUGAUUCCUGAUCUGAACAAGGACCCACAAAAGAAGGCUGCUUUAGAUGAAGUUACCUGCUGGCAGGAAUCCUUCUGAGGCGAACCAAGGAAGAAACAUAAGAAUCAUCCUGUUCUCUGCAAUAAACUUCUUUUGAUAUAGA